AUGAGAGAGGUCAUUAGUAUACAUGUAGGUCAGGCAGGAAUUCAAAUUGGAAAUGCUUGCUGGGAGCUGUUUUGCUUGGAGCAUGGAAUUCAACCCGACGGUCAAAUGCCCAGUGAUCAAGUGGUAGCCGGGGGAGACGAUGCGUUCAACACAUUCUUCUCAGAAACUGGAGCAGGAAAGCAUGUUCCGAGAUGCGUGUUUGUUGACUUAGAACCCACCGUGGUUGACGAAGUAAGGACAGGAACGUACCGCCAACUUUUUCAUCCCGAACAGUUAAUAUCAGGAAAGGAAGAUGCAGCAAAUAAUUUUGCUAGAGGACAUUAUACUAUUGGUAAAGAAAUAGUUGAUAUAUGUUUGGAUAGAGUAAGAAAGCUAGCAGAUAAUUGUACAGGAUUACAAGGAUUUUUAAUGUUUAAUGCAGUAGGAGGUGGAACAGGAAGUGGUCUUGGUUGCUUAUUAUUAGAAAGAUUAGCUAUUGACUAUGGAAAAAAAUCAAAAUUAAAUUUCUGUUCAUGGCCAUCACCUCAAGUAUCAACAGCUGUAGUAGAACCUUACAAUUCUGUUUUAUCAACGCAUUCUUUAUUAGAACACACAGAUGUAGCUAUUAUGUUAGAUAAUGAAGCCAUCUAUGAUAUAUGCAAAAAAAAUCUAGAUAUUGAAAGACCUACAUAUACAAAUUUAAAUAGAUUAAUUGCUCAAGUUAUAUCCUCUUUAACAGCUUCUCUACGAUUUGAUGGUGCUUUAAAUGUCGAUGUUACCGAAUUUCAAACCAAUUUAGUCCCAUACCCACGUAUUCAUUUUAUGUUGUCCUCAUAUGCUCCUAUUAUUAGUGCAGAAAAAGCUUAUCAUGAACAAUUGUCCGUAUCAGAAAUUACGAAUUCUGCAUUCGAACCUGCUUCUAUGAUGGCUAAAUGCGAUCCUCGUCAUGGAAAAUACAUGGCUUGCUGUUUAAUGUAUAGAGGCGAUGUUGUACCAAAAGAUGUCAAUGCAGCUGUUGCUACUAUAAAAACGAAAAGAUCAAUUCAAUUUGUUGAUUGGUGCCCUACUGGAUUCAAAUGUGGAAUUAACUAUCAACCUCCUACUGUUGUUCCAGGAGGAGAUUUAGCAAAAGUUAUGAGAGCUGUUUGUAUGAUUAGUAACUCCACUGCUAUUGCUGAGGUAUUUUCUCGAAUGGACCAAAAAUUUGAUUUAAUGUAUGCCAAAAGAGCUUUCGUUCAUUGGUAUGUAGGAGAAGGUAUGGAAGAAGGGGAAUUUAGCGAAGCAAGAGAAGACUUAGCAGCUUUAGAAAAAGACUAUGAGGAGGUGGGCAUUGAGACAAAUGAAGGGGAGGGUGAGGACGAGGGAUACGAGUAA